AUGGAAGAUAUUUUUCAAAAUUUUCCACUACUUGCAAGUUGGUUUCCAGGGAUGUUUGCACGCGCGAGAGUUGGAAUCCUGUCCUCAGGCAGCGGUCUGAGCAGUUUCAUACGAACGGUCGCCAGUUCGGCCGCCCCGGCCAGAAACACCGUCAAACCUGUCGACGGCAGAAAAACGUACUUGCUGGACGUUUACAAACACUUUGACAAAAGCAACAAGAUCCUGUUACUGGCCCACCAUAACAACCUGACGGCCAACGAUAACGUCAAGAUCAAAAAACAACUCGAGGACGCGGGCGCAGAGUUCAGAAAACUUAAGGUGUCGUUGUUCCGGCAUUAUUUGAGAGCGUCGUCGAAAUACGACGACCCGGCCUCCAAAGCUGCUUAUAGAUACGUCAAGAAGAACAAGAUCAGACACCCAUUGGAACCGCUGCUGAAGGGCCCAACGGCGGCUAUUCUGAUCAAAGACAUGGACCCUGCUGCCGUGAAGAAAGUGGUCAAGGUCCUCAAGGGUCUGAACGAGAGACUGUUUCUGAUUGGCGGCCGCCUUGGCGACGAAGUGGCUGACGUGGCUACCAUCGACCAGUUCAAGGAGAUGCCUACGAUGGACGAACUGCGGGCACAGCUGGUCGGAAUGUUGACCGUUCUGUCCGGAGCAGGCCUGGUCAGAACCUUGGAGAGCGCCUCCAACACGCUCUACCUGACGCUGGACACCCACAAACAGGAGAUGGAGAAGAAGGAGAACCCCGACGAGCAGUAA